GACCUCGUAGAAGUGAAAGUAACCAGACGAUUAGUAACUGGUAACAAUGCUGAAGUGACAUGUGGAUGUCUUGUGAGGCAAAUAUACUAUUCCAUCAUAUACAAUGAAUACCAAUACAAUUAUUUUCAAAAUAUUGGUUAUUAUUAUUUUAUACUUUAUCACUCAUUCUAAUGCAUUACAAAGAUGCUUUUUAUGCAGAUCUAGAGGUGAACUGGGGAGCUGUAAAGAUUCCUUUUCGGUAAAUGUUACUAAAGUGGAAAAUAAACAAGAAAUUGGGAUAGAAACCAUACCGUGUGCCAGUGGAUGGUGCGGUAAAAUCGUCGAAAGUGAAAAUUCUGCCAAGGAAGAGUAUGGUGUUGCUACUCAAAGAAUUUGUCUCCAAAGGGGUCCGUCUGAUAGCGAGGAUCGUUGUGCUUAUACCAAAUGGAACUAUAAACGAGUUUUGAUGUGUUUCUGUAAAGGAGAUUUGUGUAACUCAUCUCCAGGGAUCAAAGUGAAUCAAUCUCUUUUAUUUUCACUUGUUGUAAUUUUUUUCAUGAGACUGAUUUAUUAAAAACCCAACGAAAAUCUC